UUUCAACAAAAAUAGAUCUAUACAUAACAUGGUUUAAUUUUCCUUCAUAUUAAUUGGUUUAUGAAUAAAAAAUGAGUGAAUUUUAACAUCUACUUUACGUGUUACAACUGGUAUUGAUGAUUACAAGCAACGGUUGAGAUCGAAAGGAUGGACGGCCCGGGGAUGAGUUUAUUCCAAGGUGCACCUAGUUUCCACAUCAAUAAUAGUGCUCAAGACCGACUAGAGGAGCAGGAGGAGCUAGAAGAUGCAAAAAGAAGGAACGAGGAGCUUAAACACGAUCUUGUUGGUGCUUUCGAAGAUUUAGAGAAUGAUGAGAACUUGAACGAUGAUGCCAGUUCUGUGAAUUUGAGUGGUAACCACACAAUUGGGGGACCAAAGACAAAUGGAGUGAGAGUUGGUCAACCACCAACAUAUAAUGAGUCACUGAAUCAUCAAUUUUCUGAGUCACCAAAGUAUUAUGAGACUCCCAAAAACCAUAUUCCACAUCUGAGAAGUCCGGAUGACUUAAAACUACCAUAUAGUCCUUACGCAGCAGGAGAUGGUCAUAACUUCUAUCCUCACGAAUUAGCAGGACAUUUAAACGGUGUCAACAACUUUGACGGACUUACAAAAUAUGAAAGCCUAAAAGUUAUGAAUGAGAUGAGUUUGAAAGAGUGUCAACAGUUUGCGAGUCAGAAUGAGAGUCUGAAGACGGAGAUUGACAGUCUCCGAGCGAGGCUGCAAGCGGCUAUUCAGGACAAGGACAAAGCGGAGCUGUCGUUGCAGGAAUCACAACACUUGCUGGCGUCCAGUAAGCACAAGCUAUUGGAGCGAGAACAGCAGAUAUCGUCUCUGACUGACAAGAUCAAGAUGAUUGAAGACGAGAAGCAGGAGUUGCAGCUGCAAGUGACUGCAACAAACGUCGCUCUGCAGGAGAAACAGCAGCGGUUGCUAACGUUACAGGUGGCGCAUUCACACGACACGGACGCGUUGUUUAGAGAACAACAAGACAGACAUCGCGAGGAAGUAGACAGGCUGCAGAGUGAUUUGAUGAAAGCCAAAAACAGGCUCGAAGAGAAGGAAAACGAGAUAAAAGUACUGGAGAGGAGAUGCGUGGAGCGUCAGAAAGAGAAAGAAGACGUGCUGAUAGAGAAGGGCGACACCAUCAACCGGCUAGCGGGAGAGUUGGAGGCGGCGCAGCGCCGGGUGAGAGAGAGAGACAUCGGCAGAGAACAGCUGAGAGAUCUGGGGUCGAAGCUGAAGGAGACGGCGUCGGAGCUGGUGGCGUGCCGCAAGACGCUGGCGGCGGCGCAGCGCGACGCGGAGGACGCGCGCGCCUCGCUACACCACCUGCUCGUCGAGUGGAUGCCCGAACACAAUAUAGGUGCAACAGGCGACUCGUUGGCGAGUAAGCUGGCGACACUAAAGGAGGUGUUGAGUCGAUACAAACAGCAGAUGCAGAAGUUGCCGGCGCUGCAAGAUGAGCUAGCUAAGAGAGACAAAAGACUGGAGCACCAUCGCAAACAAGAGUCGGAGUUGCGGUCAAAACUCGAGGAGUCCAAGGGUGUCGAACUCCAACUGAACUCACAUAUCGCCAUGCUCAAGAACAAAGUGGAACUAUUGAGUAGCGGGGGGGAGGACGCGUAUAGACACGAAAAUGUACAGCUACGGAGUGAUCUGGAAGACGUGAGGGCUGAGCUGAAGAAUGAGGAGCUAAAAUACGCGGAGCUCGAGAUGGAGUAUGAAAAGCUGAAGACGGAGAGGGGCAGCCGGGCGAGCCUCGUGCAGGACGCCAACGCGGACCUGCUGCGGGAGCUGGAUAGAUACGCCGCACAGCUCAAGGACAUCAAGAAGGAGAACGGCGACCUGAAGACCUUGUAUCUACAGGUUUGCAGUGCUCGUGACGCAGUAACUCGAGAGCUUAAAGACGUCCACACUAUGACGCAGAGAGAGAAGGAGGCUUAUAGGACGCAGGAGAGAGAGCUGGUAGAGAGAGUUGAGAGUGAGAGGCGUCAGGUAGAGAAACUGACGGCGGAGUUGACAGCUGUCAGGCAGGAGUUGGACCGCGCUAACUGCAGGAUAUCAGAGCUACAGACCGAGUUUACGGACAAGCAGAGAGAGUUUACUGACAAGUUGAAUAAGUUUCUUGAAGACGAGAAGACGGCCAUGCGUAAGGAGAUAAGCGCGUGCAUACAGUGCGAUAAGCAGCUCAAACACAUACGGAACCUCGAGGACCAGAUCAGCAAGUAUAGCGUUCGAUUAGCCGCCCAAGAAAGCAACGAGACGCUGAUGAAAGAAUUGAAAGGCAAAGCGGAGUUCUUCCAAAAAUAUAUCCUCGAGAGGUACCAGAGAUUAUCAGAGCAGUGCUCAGUCGCCACCAACACGGACAGCCGGAUCGAUAUGCCGGAAGGCCGGAUCGGACCGGAAAACCGGAGCGGUCUGCCGGAAGGUCGGAUGUCGAUGGCCGAUAAUCGCAACGGUGUACCCGAAGGCCGGAGUGUGUCGGAAAGCGGAAAUGGUAUUUCGGAAAGCCGGAAUGGUUUGUCGGACCGGACGCACGAGCCGGAUGGUAGAGACGGACAGGACACGCCGGACACGGAUAAUGAUGACGAUUUGAAUGCCAAGACUGCUCUUAUGAUGAAAGAGAAGGCAAUAAGAGAUCAGAUAGCGGAGAAAUUCACGCUGGAAAUGAAGACGAUAGAAAUGAACUGCGCUAGAAGAUUAAAGGAAAUGGAGACGGAACAGCUCACAGCGGUCACCAAGUUGAAAAAUCUUCUAGAACGAAAGGCUAAGGAGGUUGAAACAUUGAAGGAGUUUAUACUGGCAGAAAGAGCUAAAGUCACACAGAUAUUGGAGUCGAAAGAGAAUGAGAUAUCGGUGUUGAUAAAGGAACAUAAUGAGUUACAGGUUGAAUGUCAAAAGGCGGUGGAUAACUGCGGUGAAUGGAAACACAAAGCCGAGAAAUACAAGGAGAAACUCUCCCAGCUCGGCUCGCUAGAAGACUUAUUGAAGAGAGAGAAAGAUGACUGGAAGCAGAAGACCAGCUCAGAAUGUCAGACCCUCAGGAACAAGGUCAUGGAGCAGCACACGAAAAUCAGUCAUCUGGAGCAGCAGUGUGACAAACUUAACCACGAUUACCAGAUGUUGUUGGACAAAUAUAAGAAUGCGAAGAGAACUGUUGUGACUUGCAAGGAUUACAUAGCGAAGAAGGACGAGCACGUGCACAGCGAGUUGAGUAGGAUACAGGAGGAGUAUCGCAAGAUAUUCGUGAGGCUGCAGGAGCAGAUCGACCAACACGCCGCCACCCGAGCCAGGGAGGCCAGGCACAGGCCGGCACAGACUGAGUACGCAGAGAAACUAAAGGAGCUCUCGCAAGAUUUCGCGCGCCUCACCCAGACGAAUACGGGAGAUAAAUUCGACAAGAAUAAAUGACACAAUAUAAGUAUAAUUUUAGGAUUUAAAAGACAUUUUAAGUUUGUUCUGCUGAAUAAGCUCAAGUAUUUUUAUGAUAAAAUGUAAUAUAUUAAGUAGAUUGUAUACGACGUCUAUAGACAAUACGUUAGAUUUUCAAAUAGCCAAUAAUGACAUUACUUUAUGUACCUAUUUUUGUCUUAAGGGAGUAAAGGCCCCACUGACGUUUUACAAACCUCAAUUCUAUGGAAGGUAAAGUGCGGUCUCGCCAUAAGGGUAAACAUUGCCCCAUAUAAAAUGCCCCACAAUUUUCCUGCCAAACAGUCGAAAUCGAGCGCAACCAAACGGACACCGGAGUGCUUAGUCAAAAUGCAUUCGUUAAUUUCGAUAGGCAUGUAAAAAGUCGGUCCUGCGCCUGAUUUCUCGCCAGUCGUGUCUGUCUUCCGUCCCACUGGAUUAUGAGAGUAUGGGAAUAUAGAAUGAUCUUCUGUACUGCGCACACACUUGGGCACUAUAAAAUGACUUCUGCGUAACUGGCAUGGUUUCAAUGUAACCGGCUACCGCCACCUAAACCGGUGUGGGAGAUAUUGUA